AUUUGACAAAAGUCCGUUUUAUUUCGGCUUUAUUUUUAUAUUGUUUUUACUUUGGCAUUACACAAAUGUACAGUAACAGACGGGUACCAAUUCCAAGCAAUAUUUGCGCCACCACACUUUACACAGAACACGCAACGGCGCACGAAAACUAGGAGCAGCUGUUAACUGUUAACUGCUCCAUACUCCCGAUCAACGUGUGCGCCUAAGGUUAUCGAACAAAUUAGAUUAUAUAUAUAUAUAAACAUAUAUAUAUAUAUACACAUAGAUGUUAAAAUUUGUGCUGCACGACGCCGUUGGCUAUGUGCGCAGUAAUGUGCGUGAAUUCAGUCUCAACGCGCUGCGGCUGCUUCCCCAAUUGCCACAGUUAAGCCCCUACGAUGUAAACAUUACCCUGAAAGAGAACGAGUUUGUGUACAACUUCCCGGUGGAGGGCAUCAUACGCAGCUAUGAAACAAAUCAGCUCGGCUCCAAUUCCCCCUGCGAGGAUUCGCGCACCGAGGCCAGUCUCUUGCAUCGGAACGGCUUCAUCUGUGGCAUUUUCGAUGGGCAUGCGGGCGCCGCCUGCGGCCAGGUUGUGUCGAAGCGGCUGUUGCGCUACAUUUCGGCUGCGACGCUGCCGCGCCAAGUGCUGCGCGAGCAGAUGAAGCAGGACUGCACAAGUCAAUCCUUUCUCAAGUGUCACAACGACAAAGUGGACUUUGUGAGUGAGAUUCGGCCCUUGUAUGAGCAGAGCUUUCAGCGCUAUAUUAAGCGGCUAAGUGGCGAGCCGUCACGGGAUGUGACCAGCGAGCUGGAGCAGGCAUUUCUCCAGCUGGACAACGAUUUGUCAGAGGAGGCGCUAGGCAGCAACGAUGCGCGCACAAUGGGCGUGGCACUGUCGGGUGCCGUCGCCUGCUUGGUGCACCUGGAAGGGUUGCAGCUGCACGUGGCCAGCACUGGAGACUGCGGCGCUGUGCUGGGCGUGCUCGACCCAGAGACAAAUCAGUGGCACCCUAAGAAGUUGAACAUCGAGCACAACGUGGAGAACAUGACGGAGGUGAGCCGCAUUCUCGGCGAGCAUCCGCACGAGGAGCGCGAGACGGUGAUACGCAAUGGACGGCUGCUCAGCCAACUGGCGCCGUUGCGCGCCUUUGGCGACUUCCGCUACAAAUGGCCAUUAAAGACGCUACACCAGAAGGUGGUGCCCAUGUUCGGCGAACAGGUGCUGCCGCCCAACUACUAUACGCCACCGUACCUGACCGCCCGGCCCGAUGUGCAACAGCACGAGCUGUGCUCGAACGACAAGUUUCUAGUCAUUGCCAGCGAUGGCCUCUGGGACUUCCUGACGCCCAGCGAAGUAGUCAGCCUUGUGGGCGAGCACAUCAACUCGAAGAAGAUACUGGAGCCGAUGCGACUGCCGCCGGGCGAUGUCAAGCUGCAGCAGAUCUCCGAGCAAUUGGCGGAGCGCAAAGCGGGUCUAACUCGCAAACCCAUUGAUCAGAAUGCUGCAACGCAUUUGAUACGCCAUGCGCUGGGCGCCACAGACUAUGGUAUUGAGCACUCGAAGAUCUCGUAUUAUCUGUCGUUGCCACAGGAUGUGGUGCGUCUGUAUCGGGACGACAUAACCAUCACCGUCAUCUUCUUCAACUCGGAGCACAUUGCCAGGCUGAAGGGCGAAUCGCUACCAACGCCAUCUCCACCGGCCACCACCACGCAGGCGCCUGCGGCGUGAGCUAAUUAGCCAAUUGAGAAAGCUAAGGAACUCCAUCUUCAUCUACUACUAGUUGCAAUCCCAUCCUAAUUGAGUCUAUGGCCCCUGCGAAUAUUGUUCUCGUCUAUAUCUCGAUGGCCAGCAGUCAUUGUAGUCCUUGUAGUCCCUUAAGUUUGUUUCUCGUUUAAGUUUCGAUUAUUUCGCCAGCAUAUAUAUUUCGAUUCUCUCGCCCAAAUCUAAAUAAAUUGUUGUUGUUGCCGUUGAUCGCGAUAUUGUGCCAGGACCUUGGCCAAAUGCCAAUAAAAUUUGCAAAGCUAUUAACCC